ACCCACAUUUAAAGUUUUAACAUAACCAACAUGUCAGCUCCCAUCCCACAUUUUUGACCACAUGAUAAAGGUGUUAACUCGUGUCUACACCUAGUCAAUGACCAGCUGGAAUGUCAAAGAAAAGUGUAUUUGUGACUGAACUUGACUUCUGUGCCAAUUGUGGCACUGUGUUACCUCUUCCCGGAACAGAAGAUGUGGUCACCUGCAAGAAAUGUGGCUUUCAGAUUGAUGUAGCUGAAUUCGAUGGAGUUGAAAUUCAUUCAAAAAUUUCUUUUAAUAAACCAGAGACAAAAAUUGCAAAUGUUGAAGAAACUGAUGACUUGACAGGGCCUACAGUCGACAGAAAGUGUUCUACUUGUGGCAAUGAAGGGAUGGUGUACACAACUCGUCAAACCAGAUCAGCAGAUGAAGGACAGACAAUCUUCUAUACAUGUACAAACUGCAGGUUUCAAGAGAUUGAAUAUUCUUAAAAUGUGCAAUACCAUACCAACUGGAAUCUGCUCAUUCACAACUUAAUUUCAACAGCUGACAUUUGGUUAAUGAUGAGACAUUGUUAAAUCUUUAUUUACACAGAACUCCCAACAACUGCUUUUGUUGAUGAAGUGUUGUUAAAAAUUCCUACACUUGUUACUUUCCAUAAUAAAAUGGAUGUCUUGUGUUAACAAAAUAAUUGAACAAAUGACAGAAAAGAAUAAAACAUACUUCUUAA